AUGGUAGCAGGAGCCACCCACACCAACACAAAAUCCCACACCUGCAUCAGGGCCAUGAACCAAGUCAUGGCUCUUGGCAGCAGCCAAGGCCCAGACAUUGCCAUGGCCCUGUUCCUCACCACUUUUGCCUCUUCAUAUCUGCCCAUUCUCCGAAUUGACAAGGUGGCUAUGAGUGAGGCUCUAAUUCAUUUGAGGAAAUCUCUCCUGCAGGUAUGGUUGGGGGUGUUGCUCUUUCCUUCUAUAUGGCCCCUGGCCUGGUGUGCUGAAUUCAAAAGUCUUCCAGAAGUAGUGAUACCCUUGAGGGUAACUGUCUCUAGCAGAGAUAGGAGUCAUGCAGGCUGGAAGUCCUAUAGCCUGCACUUUGGAGGCCAGCGACACAUUAUAUCCAUGAAGCCCAAGAACUUUUUGGUAUCUAGACAUCUCUCUGUGUUCACCUACAGUGACAAAGGAGACCUCUUUGAAGACCGACCUUUUGUCCAGAAUGACUGUCACUACCUUGGUUUUGUGGAAGGAAACCCAGAAUCCAUGGUUGCUCUUACCACCUGUUUUGGGGGCUUUCAAGGAACAUUACAGAUAAAUGACACGGCUUAUGAAAUUAAACCAAAGAGCCCUUCUUCCACAUUUGAACAUUUGAUUUAUAAGAUAGACAGUGAAAAAACUCACUUACCUUCCAUGAGAUGUGGAUUAAAAGAUGAAGAAAUCUCAGGGCAUGUGAGACUUCAUGAGAGUGCUGACUCCACUGUAAAGGAAAUUGCCAGUGAGGCAUGGUGGACUCACAGACUGUAUAUUGAACUGUCAUUGGUUAUAGACCAUCACCAAUUCCUUCAUCGAGGAAGUAAUACUUCCCUUGUGGUGCAAGAUGUAUUCAUGAUUAUGAGUGCACUAAAUUUCUACUUAUUUCCAGCAGAUAUUAAUGUGGAUUUACUUGGACUUGUAAUAUGGAAUAAGGAAAACCCCAUACCAGUAAAAGAUGUAUAUACUCUCUUGCCAGCAUUUUGUAAGUGGAAGAGAGAAAACCUUGAUUCUUACCUACAACAUGAUAUUGCACAUCUCUUUGUAAAUUAUAAUUUUAGUAACUAUUUUGGCAUAGCCUAUGUUGGAACUAUAUGUAAUAAGACAUUUAGUUGUGGAGUUGAGAGUUUCUUGGGAGAAAAUUUCUUUACCCUUGGAAAUACUGUGGCACAUGAGAUAGGUCAUAAUUUGGGCAUGCCCCAUGAUGGGAUAUUUUGUACAUGUGGAGGGGGACCAUGUGUGAUGUCUGCUGUUACAGAUGGUUCCAGAAAAUUCAGCAACUGUAGUUAUGCUGUGUUGUGGGAAAUCAGAGCCAAAACAAGCUGCAUGCACAAUAAGCCCAGCCCUUCAGAUUUCUACCCGAUGAAGUUCUGUGGGAACAGUGUGGUUGAAGAAGGCGAGGAGUGUGACUGUGGAUCCCCUAUGGAAUGUAAAUAUAAUCCCUGCUGUCUGCCUGGCUGUACUCUCAAGUCUGAUGCUAGCUGUGAUACUGGGCUAUGUUGCAGCAACUUAUGCCAAAUCCUGCCAUCUGGCACUAUAUGUAGAACACAGGAGAGUGAAUGUGACCUUCCAGAAUGGUGCAAUGGAACUUCACACGAGUGCCCUGAAGAUGUGUUUUUACAGGAUGGGAGCUCUUGCAGUGAUGGUGGGUACUGCUAUGAAAAAAGAUGUAACAGCCAUGAUGAACAGUGCCGGAGAGUUUUUGGCAAGGAUGCCAGAAAAGCAUCUGAUAGUUGCUACCAGACACUCAAUACUUAUGGUGAUCGUUUUGGUAACUGUGGAAUCAUGGACAAUACAUAUGUGAAAUGUAAUAGCUCAGACAUCCUCUGUGGAAGAAUUCAGUGUAAAGAAGUGAAUGAACUUCCAUUUUGGAGGAGUCACUAUACUGUGCAUUGGACUCAUUUCAAUGGCACCUCCUGCUGGAGUACUGACUACCAUUUUGGGAUGACUAUCCCUGACCUUGGUGACAUAAAAGAUGGCACAAAAUGUGGUCCAGAGCAUGUAUGCAUUAACAGAAAGUGUGUCCAUAACGCAAUUUGGGCAAGUGAUUGUUCAGCAGAGACCUGCAACAAGAAUGGAGUCUGCAAUAAUAAACAUCACUGCCAUUGUGAUGAUGGCUGGAGUCCACCACACUGCCUAGUAAGUGGCACUGGUGGGAGCAUUGACAGUGGCCCAUCUUCUGGAAGCAAAAAUAAUGAGAGUGAGAGAGAGAAGGAGAAGGACAAGGACCCAGACAUAAACCAGGACCAGGACAAGGACCAGGACCAGGACCAGGACCAGGACAAGGACAAGGACCAGGACAAGGAGGAGUGGGAGGAGGAGGAAUUUUAA